AUGGUCUCGGCGGGGAUCGUGACGGUGCAGGCGGUGCCCACGAGCUGGCCCGCGCUUCCCCACCGCCCAGGGCCGCUGCUCACGGCUCCUCCUCCUAGCGGCGGCGCCGCGCCUGGCAGCAACACGCCGUCUGUGGCGGGGCUUCGCACCGUGAUCGACCUGUGCAAGCUUGUCGGCGACACGGACGGGAUCGCGAAGUCUAACCUCGACGAGGCGGGCGAGGUCUACAAGCAGAUCGUGGCGGAGCUCGCUGGCGGCAUCAUUGCUCCACCUGUGCUAGGCACCCCUCCUGCUGUGCCGCCGAAGCUGCUCAAGAUCGAGGACAACGUUUCUUGUCAGGCGAAGGCAUUUGACCCCAUCGACACUGCUUCUCUGUUCACGGUCGACACGGGCAU